GUUUUCCGGCAUUGAAGAUUACGCGUCCCCUGUCGCCGAGCGACCCACAGCUAACCUGUCCUACGUGCACAAGUUCUUUCCAAACCGCCAUCAUGUCUUCAUCCAUUGCUUUCCCCUCUAGUUUCGGAUAUGUAGCAGCUGGACUGGUAUCCACUGCUUGGGUUCUUGGCUGGCAGGCACUAGUUGUAGGCGGCCACAGAAAAAAAUCCGGAAUCAAGUACCCUCAAUUGUAUGCCGAGAAAGCAGAAGCUGAUGCUUCUAAAGAAGCCCUCCUCUUUAACUGUGCCCAACGCGCCCACCAAAACACGAUUGAGCACAUGCCUAUUAUUAUUGUGACCACUUUGACAACUUCGAUGAGACACCCAGUCUUGGCCGGAUAUGCAUGUGGUUUAUGGGCACUGUCCCGUGUUCUGUAUACUCUAGGGUACACCACUGGAGAUCCAGUCAAACGUAAUACACGCGGUGGCAUACUUGGCGAACUUCCUCUUUUUGUACUUUUGCUGGGCUCCACCUACACGGCGUUUGAUCUCCUACGUUCUGCUUGAAACAUUCCCGUUGCAAGAUUCAACACAUCUGAUGUGACGGGAGAAAUAUGUACAUGGCUCGAUAAAUAUGUGCAGAACGUUGGACAAUGAUGAUCAAAAUUAUAAUUUGACACGGAG